AUGGUUGCUGAUGACAAGAUGUGUCUGUUUAACAUCGUGGCGAGCCGGACUCCGGUAACGAGUCGGACCCUGGUGUCAGCCGUGUUGAUUGCGGCCGUGCUCUCGGGGCUGGCGACCCGUACGUGCCGGGCCGCGAAGAUACCACUUCCGAUCAUGAUGAUCAACCCAGGCGGGUCAUGGAUUGGGAUUGACCGUGCAAUGGAGUUAGCUAGGGAUGACGUCAAUCGCCAAGACGGUAUACUGGAUGACUACGAACUUCAACUGGUCGCCAACUACUCAAACCCGAUGAAACCACAACUACCAAACACCGGGAAUGCGGAGUACGUUCUUUACAGUCAUAUCUACGAUGGCCCAGGCAAGCCAAUGCCGUUCCUUCUCGGUAGUUUCUACUCGGAAGAAUGCGAAGUGCUUUGCCAAACCACCGGGCAGUUUGAUAUCAUACAGAUUGGAAACGGCGCGGUAUCACCGAGUCUCUCAGACCGCACCCAGUGCAAGACAUACUACCGGACCGUACAAUCCGCCUCGCAGCAGAACGUUCCACGUCUCAGAUUGAUACAGAUGUAUGGAUGGGACAAGGUGGCAAUACUACGCUACAGUAACGUGCUCUUCUCAUCGGUGAUGGAUUCCCUACGAUCUAUGCUGAAUGAAAAUAACAUCACCAUUGUGGCGAAUGAGAUGUUUGAAGACAGUCCUGCCAGCUACGUCGGUUACCUUAAGGAGAAAGAUGCUCGAAUUAUCAUCGGUCUAUUUUGGGAUACGGAAGGGAGGAAGGUCUUUUGUGAGGCGUACAAACAGGGUCUGUACGGGCCUCGUUACGUGUGGAUACUACGCGGCGUUGGGUACUUUUCCCCCGGCUGGGUGACGCUGGAGGACCCAUUGGUAUCGUGUACUGCUGAAGAGAUGAUUAAAGCUACGGAGGGAGUUAUUAUCACCAAUUGGCAGUUUAUACCAGCAGCUCAAGAGGUCUCCAUCACAGGAAGGACACCGAGUGAUUUCGUGGAGGCCUACAACGCGUUUGCCGGCAGCGUAUCAUUCGGAGGAGCGGGAUCAUUGUUUUAUGACUCCGUGCUCACUGCAGCAUUGGCUAUGAACAAUUCUAUUGCACCACUUCGAUUGGUGAACAAGACACUUGAAGACUACACGUAUAACGACCACGAAAUGCGUGAUAUAUUCAUGAACGUUUUGGACAACAUCUAUUUUGUUGGAGUCUCGGGUCCACUUAGUUUUCUGGAAGAUGGCGACAGGGUGGGACAGUUUCAAAUCGAACAAAUCAAAGAUGGAAAGGCUAAAGUCGUGGGAAGAUUUCUGUCACGCGAAGACAAGUUCGAGUGGGACGACGGCGGAGUGUACUUUCUGAACGGCGAGCCACCACAUGAUGAGAUACGAAUUGAGGAGAGACUAAUAACGUUAUCAUCAACGGGGUUCGCUACCGUCUGCACGCUCUCAGCUCUGGGCAUCGUGCUGGCUUUCGCACUACUCAACUUUAAUGUUGUCAUGCGCAAACAAAAAAUUAUCAAGCUGUCAAGUCCAACUAUCAACAACCUAAUUAUUCUUGGGAGCAUUAUGACGUAUAUAUCAGUUGUGCUGAACGGCGUCGAUGAAGAGAUGGUUGGGUUUGAAAAUAUGGACCACCUCUGCAGGGCUCGACUAUGGAUGCUAUCACUCGGUUUCACACUCGGUUUUGGUUCCAUGUUCUCAAAGACGUGGCGAGUUCAUAAGAUCUUCAUGAACAAAAAACUGGAAAGACGGUCUGUAAAGGACUACCAGCUCGUCACCAUGGUGGGAAUUUUUUUACUUUUGGAAAGCGUUUAUCUUGGAGUCUGGGAAGUGAGACCCUUACAAGCUGUUUGGGAAAGCUAUCCGUCUCAGGGCAAAUCAGAAGGAGAUCUUCUGUUGAUACCAGUCGUUCAACGCUGUACUCGCAUUGGAGUAUCAGAUCUCACGUGGCUAGCUGGUAUUUACAUAUUCAACGGAAUUCAACUUGUCUUCGGACUCUUUCUUGCGUACGAGACGAGGAACGUAAAGAUUGAGGCACUGAACGACUCCAAGAACAUCGGCAUGUCAGUUUACAACGUCUUCAUCUUAUCCUGCAUGGGGGCGGUCUUUAGCCUACUCAUGGACCCCCUGAGGAACGAAACCGUUUUUAUUGUGACGUCAGUCUGCAUCACAGUCAGUACAACCACAACUCUCCUUAUUAUCUUCACCCCUAAGAUACGUGAUGUAAUACGAAACCCAGGUGGCACCAAGAUAACCACAAUGGCGUCAGCAAGCGUCGCGCCGGAGCGCUCAUGUCAUGGCCCACCUGUUGCAACUGUAAUGACGGUAUCGGGGCCCGCAUCAGGGCCCCAACAGCAUCCGUCCACAUCAGGGGGUCAAAUGUUGGUAGCUCAUCGGUGA